AUGUGUUCAAUUGAAUCAAGACGACGUUCUUCACAUUCGACAACAAAUAAAUUAUCAAAUCGAAAAAUAUCAUUGAAAAUAAUUGAAAAACGUUUAAAUCAUUUACGAGAAGAAUUACAUAAUUUAACUAAAAAUGAAAUCAUUAAUCAUGAACAACAAAAUGAUCAAGAUGAUAAUUAUCAUGUGCAAUAUAAAAAGCGUUUAGAUCAAUUAUUGAGAUUAUAUGAUAAACAAGUUAAUAAUCUAAGUCUUUGGCGUUAUUAUCGAUCUGAUACAAUUGAAAAAAUGUAUACACAUGAAUUACGUCAAUCUAAUGAAGUAUUUCAAACGAAAAAAAUCGAUUUCAAAUUAAAAUUGUUAUCAACAUUUAAUGAUAAACGUCGUCAUUUAGAAUACGAACAUCAAAAUGUAAAUAUUCGUCAUCGUCGUAAUUCUGAUAAUGAUCAAUAUUUACUAAAUGGAAUAAAUAAUCAUAUAAAUGAUACAAAUUUAUAUGAUGGACAUAAUCAUCAUUCAAAUGAAUCUACUCAACAACAACAACGACCAACUUAUAAUUUAAGACGAGCAGCUGCUAAUGAUAUUAUUUCAGAAAAUUCUACAACAUCAACAACAGCAUCAUUAAAAGAUUUAUCUAUAUUUAGUGGAACAAAUUCUUUAUUACCACCAUUUGGUGGAAUUGAAUUACAAAGAUCUUUAUCAAAUUCAGAUAUUGAACAAGAUUUAAAAGAUAUUCGUCGUGGUUUGAAAAAUAUUGAACAAAUUAUUGAAAAAAAAUCAUCUGAAAAUCAAAAUGAUGAUUCAUCAACGAAAUCUCUUAUUGAUGUUCGUAUUGAAGAAGGUCGUUUAUGGUAUCAACGAGCAUGGUUUUCACGUAAUUCACCAAUACUUUUAGUUUUUGAUGAUCUUGAAAUAGUUCCUGCACUUAUUUUAACAGUUGGUCGAAAUGAUUUACUUGUACGUCGGUCAGGUACAAAUAUAAAACAUCGUGUUAGUCUAUCACUUUUACACGAUGGACAUUUAGCAAUUCGAAAACGUGGUUGUGUAUUUUAA